UUUGCAGAGGAUGUAUUUCCAGCUUUAUAGUGAAGUAGAACAAUAUUUACGGUUCCACACCUAUAAACCAGACAAAAAGGAAGGCAAACGUAUUAAAAGAGCAAGUAAAAAGUUUUUCUGGAAAGAUGAAUGCCUUUGGCAUUAUGAUGGCCGAAGGCUACGUAAAGUUGUACGUGACCAAGAAGAGGUGAAAUCUGUGCUUCAACAGUAUCACAAUGACAAACUUCAUAAGAAUGGCGGGAGGGUACUCCAAGAGGUGGCAAGACGCUUCUACUGGGGUUCCAUUACAAAAGAUGUUAAAACAUGGAUCGAUAACUGUCAGACAUGCAAGCAGACUCGUCGAAAACCCGUCCGUGGACCAAAGACAAUGCACUGCAUCUGCUAUGGGUGUGAGAGUAGCCUGGUAUCAAAUGGUGAAGAUGAGAGCCUGACCUUUCACAGAUUCCCCUUGAGUGAUUCCAAGAGACGUGAGCUUUGGAUCUCCUAUGCCAAACGGGACCAUUGGUCUCUCACCCCAAAAUCUGUCCUUUGCUCCAAGCACUUCACAGAGGACUGCUUCGAUUACUCAGGAGAGAGUAUAUCUCUCAAAUCUGAUGCAGUCCCCACUGUGCCAGUGUCCUCAGAUGGUAAACAGGAAAGCAAUGAAGAUGACAUUGGCCCUUUCCAAGAUCUCCCUUCAUUAGAAAACACAGAACAUAAAGAACAUCCAUAUGCAAUAGAUUCAGAGAGGGGGGAGUUGGCGAAUACUGGUGAUCAACUGUGGGAAAAUGACCUAAACAGCAAAAAGGAGCUUCCUUUCUCUCGGUAUGAUGCUGUGGAGAGGUACUUGAGGACAGGGUCAUAUUCAAAGGAGACAAGUAAGACAAUGAAGUACACAAUUAGAAGAGCCUCAAAGCUCUACCGCCUGGAAGAUGAUGUUCUGUACUACUGCCGAAGAAACAAGCGUCGUAGAGUGCUCCGAAGCCGAUCGCAGGUGAAUGCGGUGCUGAGGGAAUUUCAUGAUAACCAAGGCCAUUACGCCAUAAACCGAUGCACUUCAGCCAUCGCUGAGAAGUACCACUGGGGAACGCUGAUGAGGGAUGUAGAAAUGUGGAUUGGUAACUGUCAGUUCUGCCUUAAUAUGGAUGAAUCAUCACAGAAGUUUCAUUGCUGUGUGAAUGGCUGCAAGAAUCACAAUGGGCCGGUGGAGAGGACACUGGGUCUAACCUUUCAUCGGUUUCCGUUUGAUGACCCUGAGAGGCUUACCCAGUGGAUCAAGAACACGCAUAAAAGCAAGUGGUCUCCACUCACAAGAUCAACAGUCUGCUCCAAUCAUUUCACUGAAGACUGCUUUGAGCGUGUGGGCAAGGAAAAGCUGCUGAAAAGUCAUGCUGUGCCCACCCUGUCACUUGGCCAACCUCAGCUAGAGGCAGCAGAGGGCUCAGAUGCAGAAAAUAACUCAGAAAAUAUCCAGCAGACCUUUUUCUCAAAAUAUGACGCUGUGCACAAAUACUUGAGCACAAGGGUCUAUCCUCCUGGUUUGAAUGCUGUGGAGAAAAACACAUUGCGGAGACUCUGUACAAGAUUUGCUGUACAUGAUGGAAUACUUUUCUUCACCACCAAAUGUAACCGGCGCAGAGUGGUCAGGAACAAAGAGGACGUCCAGGCCACCCUCACGACGUACCACAACGAGAUGAAUCACCUGGAUGUGGACAAGUGCACCACGCUCAUCUCCAAGCACUUCCACUGGGGCUCGCUGAAGGCCGACAUCCAGAGGUGGAUCCAGAGGUGCGAGGAGUGCUCUGCUGCCCGGGCGCCUCCCCCAGAGCCCUGUGCCAGUCCAGCCAGUCCACAAUGCAAUGACCCUGAAAAUGUCAACCAGACCCAGGCAGCAAGUCCUUCAGACACAGAUUCGGCCAGUCCAGCUGGUGGGGAUGUAGAACCAGCCAAAGCGGUUGCUUUGUCAGAGGUAGUGGAAACAGUUCACCAGGGCUCUGGCCACCAGUGGCAUCCUGCUGUUAAGAGAAGUGAUCCUCUGGAUGGCGCCAGUCUCCUCCCAAACAAGCGUAGGAAAGAUGGGGACGUGCUUCCUGUGAUCAUUGCCUUACAGAGUUACCAGGUCCAUUUGAAGGAUAGUUUGCCUGCACGGGAAAAGUUUGAACCUUUGCGAGCAAGGACAGUCUUACAGCUGUGCUCACAAGCAAUAAUUCAAACACAAAAAGAAACCAAAGAUGACAAUGCAUGUUACACACGGAUUGAUGCUGGCCUAGUGAUCUAUUUGACCUUUUUUGACGCCACUGAAGAGAUAAUACCAAAGAUGGUCAGAUCCUUGCUGCAGGCCAAGUUGUUCCAUGUUAACGGACGAGAACCCUCAUCUGUGCUUGAUCUUCCUGGAAGUGUUCUCAUAGUUCCACAAGACUCGCUGACCGGAACACUGAAAGACAAUAAGUUUCAGUAUUUGCAGAGAAUUGAUGCUUCACAUGGACAGCGGCUUUAUAGCAGCUUUGUGUCCCAGUGUGAGAGAGCUUUGGCAUCUUCCAAAAGAUGUGUGGAAGCCAAAUGUGUCGUCAAGCACGGGGUUUACGGCCAGAAACAGUCAAUUUACCUCACUUCAGAGGAACCACUCACUCAUGUUGUGGAAUUCUAGAGACACCUGUGGGUUAGAAGUAUUUACUCAGAUAUACAUAUUUGUCUUACAGACCUUUUCCAGUAUCUGAGAAGAUGUGGUGUGCAAUAUGUGUAAAUAAAAUCAAAAAUAAAAAUCGGA